CCGAGCCAUCAAUUAUCAAUCAAUUAUCGUUCUUUUAACAUUUCCACACGUGUAUGGGGAAACCACAGUCAGUUUUAGCAAGUAAGUGAUCGGAGGAAAAACGUCAACUUUUACGGAUUCAAUGUGAGGUUUUCUAGGAAAAUUUCAUGAGAAUUGCCAAACCUUUUCUUCGCCAUCUGCGGCCAUUUAGCUGACCACAAGAUAUGGCUACCGGACAUGGAGAUGAUGAAGGACACGAACACAUCACGCGAAGCCCAAAUUUUCCUUCGGGCGCCACAGAAAAAGAUCGUUUUGAUGGUGGCUGUUCGUGGGUAGUAUGCAUUGCAGGAUUUUUGAUCCAAUGCAUCGUUUGUGCUCAAGGGAACCUCUCUGGAUUAAUAUUUACGGCAGUAUUGAAUGAAUACAACAACACUAGCCAAAGUCAAACUGGUAAGAAAUCUUGUUUCGUUUUUUAACAUUAUAAUUGUCUAUCCAGUUAGAAUCACUAUUGGUACGUACUCAAAAGAGGUGAAAAAGUGAGCGAGCUUGACUCGACCUCGACACUAGCCACCCGAGCUUGAAUUUCAAUUUACAGUCAUCACACAACACCAUAAAGAGUUUCAAAGCUGACGUUUCGAUCGUUUUUCCUUCGUCAUUCGUCGAUAAGAACGUCGAAAAAUUGCAAUACGCCAUGUCAAGUGAGUACACUAACACAAAAUCAAAUUAGGUAGUGGUCGUCACACGAUAUAGAGCGGGAGAUGUGGAUAUCUGCGAUCGCUCACAAUGUUUACGUUACGCGGUGGGCCAAAUAUAAGGAUUUGUGUGGAAAUAAAAGGUCGCCGCGCUCACAAACGAAAAAACUGGGUUGAUUCAGGGCUUCUUAGCUCGGAUUUAGUUUAUCUUAUAAUUGGCUGCCGUGUAGAGUUUCUUGAGCUGACGUUUCGGAGCGAAGGGCAAAGCAAAUAAACUAAAACCGAUCUAAACGGCCCUACAUCAGCCCAGAAAACUCACACGAUACUAAGGAACAACCUCUUGAGCAAGGUAAGUUUGUUUUUAGUCAAAAUCAGUUCAGAUAUUUUCGGUUGUGAGAUCGACCGUUUAUUUCCGUGCAAAUCCUUAUAUUUCCCGCAUUGCACGUCGUAAACAUCUUUACAUGUAUACGCAGACUCAUCGUGUGAGUAUGGGCUCUUUGUGUUACGAUUACAAAAGAGAUCUCAUCCUCUUGUGUGAUUGUCGUGUGCUUCAUACUUUUUUUCCUUUUACCACAUUUCUGUAAAAAGAUAUGACUUUUCAUUCCCUUGUGUUUUCAAUCUAAUUGAACAUGGUCGUUAAGUACUAAAAACUAGCUGACAGAUGCUUAAUAAAUGCUAUAUCUCCUUUUUCUUUCGUGAUUUUCUUGUACAUUUUCUGACUGUCAGGCGAGUAACAGUGUAAUGAAAAAGUGUCCGGACGUGUGAUUUGAUUAGAGAGCUCACUUGAUUGACAAGAGGACGAACGAUACCAACAUUGUCAGUGUGCUGAAGGUGCUGUAGACGUAGAGCACCAUUCAAGCAUCGCAAGAAAUUUUUACCAAUCGUCUGACACUACCAGAUACCUAUCCGAUAUAAUUAUGAUCUAAAAUGUUACCUUACCUACGAGUAGUCCCUUCCCUUUCGGUGAAAUCCGUCGGAACGUAAAUGUCAGGCUUGUGCGUUUCGUCUAAGAGUUUUAUUUCAUCUAUUUAUUUAUUUAUUUAUUUAUUUUAACAAUAAAAACGACCUCGCCCAUUCAUUCAUGCAUUGUCAGUGACAGUGUGUUCUUAUCUCCUUAGCUUGGGUAACAGCUCUGGCAGCCGGUGUGUCAGAUGGAUUUGCAAUGAUUCCUGCCAUCCUUGGUAACCGGUUUGGAUUUGCUAAUGUCAUCAUGCUUGGUGGAGUGAUAUGCGCAGUUGGGAUGUUUACUUCCUCGUUUGCUCCGAACAUCUACGUACUUUAUUUAACUUACGGCUUAGUCUGGGGAUUUGGUUCGUGUCUUUGUAACUGUGCUGCUUUGUUUGUGCUUCCACAUUUUUUUAGCGCGCGAAUCGGCUUAGCUAAUGGAAUUGUAUUUUUUGGCGCACCAGUUGGUACUUUAGCUCUGACUCCAUUUGUUGCUCAUCUGCUGCAAAGAGUUAGGUUGGCCAGAACGUUUCAAAUAUUAGCUGGGAUUCAGCUUGUAAUUAUGUUUAGUGGAUUUAUGAUCAGACUUGCUCCUUCUCCUCCUCCUCCUCCUCCUUCUCCUCCUUCUAAAUCAGACCAACUGCACAUCAUCAAAAAUGAAAGAAAAAGUGGGUUUGACUGGAAAAUAUUCAAGAACAAAGGUUAUAUGACUUUUGUAGUAGCGUUAUGCCUCUUUAUGCCUACCUAUUUGGUACCAUACGUGCAUUCGGUAAGUCGAUCUAUUAACUCAGCCUUACUUAUGCUCUCCAUUGUUGUUUUGUUUUCAUUUCUUGUUAAAGAUUCAAGACUAAGGAAACUGCACCUUCUUUUUGGGGCUCAAACAAAAUUUGUCCAAGAAAGGGUGUGUUCCUUCUGAGAUUGUCUAUAUAAUACAGUACCAGCGUGCAUGGUCAGUCAAUAUCGUUCUGGGACGCACUGCACUCUCUGCGGGGUCUUUACAGCACAUAUAUAAAUACAGAGGAGCGAGUUUACCUUUCUUUUUUCCACUCUGAUUUCUCCAUUUUUUUCCUUUAUGGACAGGUUAGACUUGCUGAAGACUCUGGCAUCGACCCUAUCCAAGCAGCCCUCCUGAUCAAUUUUGUGGCGUUUGGAUCAGUGAUAGUGCGGCCAUUUUUUGGAAAGCUAAUGGACAUGCGCUAUGUAAACCGUCUGACUGCGUUGCAAAUAACACUUCUACUUUUAAGUGUUUUUACAACACUCGUUCCCAUAGCAACUAAUUAUGAAUGGUUAGCAACUUAUGCUUUCCUCUUUGGAUUUCUGGAGGGAUGUUUUGUAAUUUCAUUACCGUUAAUUGUGCAAGACUUGGUAGAAAAGAAACAGCAAGCCUUCGCUCUUGGAUCGCUGUUCUGCUUUCGUUCCAUUCCCAUGACCGCGGGUCCGUCCAUUGCUGGCUGGAUAUAUGACGUAACCCAAAGUUACGACGUAGCGUUCUUCAGCGCAGGUGUGGUCACGGUACUUUCCACGUGUAUGAUGUUCUUGGUUCCGCUGUUCAAAAAUAGAUCGUAUUCCAAACAGAGAGAAACUGUUCAAGUAGUAAGAAACUCUGAGCUUUGUCAUAUGGAAAACAUUGUGGCAAAGGAAACUUGUUUAUGA